UUUCAACAGGCACUGAAAUAUACAUCGUUACUGCAACAGAUAUCACCCAACUAUUGCUGGUCUGGCUGCCGACUGGCGGAGUAAAGAGGCAUUUACUACUUUCGAUUUCUUUUCAGUAGAUUUAGCUUACGUGGCUAUUUUCUAUUUGUUCCUCUGUGAUUUCGCACCAGUUACCCAUUUUUCAUCGGAUGGGAAUUUAAGCUGGUUGAUCUGUUUUAAGACCAUACAUAUUCUUCCCUUGACAUCUUAAGCCCCUGAGCAUAUCCAGGUUGUACGGACAGCUUGUUGCGACACAGCCGCCUAUCCUACCUCGUACCAGAAUAUUAUGCAAGGAGCCUAACCCGAUUGUUAUUGCGCAAAGUUACGUUUAUUAUUUUUUAAGCCCUUCUAUUCCUCCCUACAUACCCACGGGAUUGCUUUAUAUUGUCUAUUUUUGUCACCUAGUCUGCAACCAAACGAUAUCAUAAAUCAACAUGCCACGGCUUCAGUUUACUCCAUGGAAGGAACCGUCUGAACUACUAUCUGUCCGCAGCCAAUUUUACCCCUCUAUGACCACAACAGGGGAGCCUGCAGAUAUGCGUGCGAUAGCAUGCUCGACGGUGUGGGUUUGGAAAUUGCGUGGGAACCUACCGCAUACGGUGGAGGCGACUGCGCUAUUAACGGAUGCUAUACUACAUGAUGAUGCGAGAAAAAAUUCCAUCUUUUCUAUUCGAGCAACUUACUCGGCAGCCUUUUGCAGAUUUGUUACAGGACUAGUCGACUCCAAGUUGUACGGGAGGAGGCAGACUAUGUUCCAAAGAGCAAUGGAACUCGGUCUACCAGCUUCAUUUGUGGAACUGCGACACGAGGCGACGCAUAGGGAGUUACCCGCUCUUGUCGUGCUUCGGGAUGCAGCUCGUCGGUCCCUGGAAUGGCUCUGGGAAUUUUACUGGGCCGGGCUAGGGGAUAUCGAGACUGCUGAUGCGGGCAUGGAUGUUCUAGAGCAGAAUAGAGAAUCUCAAUUGACGAAAAAUGAAAUUCAGCAGAUGCUGAAAAAUGUGGUGCUUGGUGAGAGCAACCUGGGUGAAAAUUCUGCGACACGGAGGAGUUCCCGAAAAUUGAAGUCGUUUCCUGGCUUAGAAAAUGUCGCUCUGAUUCUCAAACAUCAGCAAGGAGAGCAGACUGUCACGCAAGUGCUUUUGGAGGAGGGUAUUUUGAUUCCAGCUAGCAGAACUCUAGGAAGUUCCAUGGAAGCUACAUUUUCGACGUGGGAUGUAGUUUUGAAGGAGCUGUGUCGACACAGGAUAACAUUUCUGACCUCACUAAGCGGCGAGUUAGCGCGUGCCCUUGUCGAUGAGGAUAGUAAUACUUCGGAGGGAGACCCCUACAGAGAGGCUAUAUAUUUAUGGCUGGUCCACAUCUUUAACUCGAGUGCGUGGGCUGCAGCAAGAAGGCUGUACCUCUCUACCUGUCACGUUGAUGCAGCCUGUCACGAUGCUUCCGGCUAUUGGGCUCGCCGUCUCAGAUCUUCAAUGGACCAACAUUCGCAUAAAUUGGAUACAGACGCAACCAAGGAAGCCAAUAGCAAUAGUACCUCCGAGUUAGGCACGGGUAGUGGGGCAGCCACACUAGGGAAGCAGGACGGAUCCGUCGAGGAAAUCGUAGAUAUGGAUGCGGACUUGGACUCGAAUUUGCUGCGGAGUUACGGGUGGGAUGUAAAGGGAAGCUGGAAGUAUAAACCCAUAGGUGUUGCUUAGAAAACAUAUGUACCCAUAGAUAAGGAACUUGUAAUACUCUAUGCUUAUGAGCCUAAACUAAGACAAGUACAUCCAGUGUCAAGGACAGCAGUCUAACAAAGCGAGUGGUUGGCAUAUUCGAUUGGCCGCUUCUACAAAGAAUUUCAAUCUUCGUAGGUGAAAAAAAAAAAAAAAAAAAAAAAA